AUGGAAAUCUCACCAGCUUUCUUAGAGUUCAAGGCCCCAUUCACCAAAUCCUCCACUGAGAUUAUCAGUUUGGCUAAUAAAAGUGACAAAACUCUUGCUUUUAAAGUCAAGACCACUGCCCCUAAACUCUACUGUGUCAGACCUAAUGCCGCCACUGUUGCACCAGGUGAGAAAUUGGAUGUUCAAAUCAUUUUGCAAGGUUUAAAGCAAGAACCUGAACCAGGUUAUAAAUGUAGAGACAAAUUUUUGGUUGUUUCUUUGCCAUGUCCGUACGAAAUCAAUGAAACUUCUCAACCAGUUGCCCAGUUAUGGCCUACUUUGGAAAAGCAAUUCAAGGCCGAAUCCUCUUCUAAAAAAAUCCGUGUUAUGUUCAAGACUCAGCCAGCUUCUAGCGGCCAAGGUGCCUCUUCGGCCAGCAAUGCCGCUCCUCGUGAACCAGUUAAAAAGAUUGUGAAUGAAACUCCAACACCAAAAGCAUCAUCUCUUGCUGUUCACGAUGAAACUACUCUUAAUGACAGUGUCUACUCAUCUACUUCAUCACCAAUAUCCAAAAGCACUGCUGCAGUUGAUAAAGAUUUGAGCGAAUCACAAAAGAAAAUUGAUCAAAUUAGCGCUAAAAUGAACACCAAUGCUACCAAGGAAACAGCAAAAGAAAAAACUGAAUCUGCCGCAGCCAAGAGCGAAUCUCAAACUGCCGUCACCGAAGAAGCCGGCGGAAUUCCUGUUCAACUCGCAAUCUUUGGUGCCCUUAUCACUUUCAUCCUUGCCUGGUUAUUCUUUUAG